CAAAGAGGCAUAUUGAUGAACAGUUUUCUCAUAUUGGAAUGGUCUCCUAUAUGUAGUCACACUCUUAAUUAGAUUAUCCUCAAUUUUGACUGGAUACACGAUUUAACCUCUUAAUAGGAAACGCAAGGACAGAAGACGUUCGACGGGGGAAGGGGAGAGAGUUCAACAUCUGUAGGAUUUUUUGAGUGAUACCAAAGACAAGAAGACACGACAAGUUGGAAACUGUAGCAGCUUCACCACAAGUCACGAGCUCCAGUGGCAAAAGAGCCUCGCUGUGAAAGUGAGCCUGAACUGUCCAACCAAAACUCAGUCAUCACAGAGUUCAAGAGUGUGUUUGCUUGCAAAAUGACUCGUGGUAUUUCUCCACCGUUACUCGUUCUACUCCUGUCAUCGGCGUAUGGAUUAUCUCAUGGAUGCUUGCAGGAUACUGCCUCAGCUCACAGAUUCACUGGAGCUGUGUGCCGUCUCACAUACCCUGCCGCUGUUGUGUUGAAUGAGAAAACCACUAAAGUGAUAGAGGCAGCAUUCCAGCAUGCAAGAUAUCCAGGUGUUAAAGGAGAGAAGACCUUGCCCCUCAUGGGAAACCUCUCGUACGGCCUUGAAAAUAUGGAGAUUCACAACCUGACGAUCGGUCAGAGCUCCUUUGAGCUUCUUCCAGGUGAAGGUAUCGCCAUGAAGAUAAGCAACGUAUCUGCAGUCUUCAUAGGGACCCUGCGUUACGGAUAUGACAAUUGGUUAGUCAAGGGUGCUCAAUCAAUUAAUUUUGAGAUUGAGUCACAGAUUGACCUCGGAAUCAACCCCAAACUUUACUGUGGUAAUGGGAAGGUAGCAGCAGACACAUCAUCUUGUUACUUGAACUUUGACAAGCUGCGUUUGCACCUGCAGGGAGAGCGAAAACCAAACUGGCUCAAGAAGCUCUUCACUGACUUCAUCACAUUCACAGUCAAGCUAGUCGUCAAGGGACAGAUUUGUAAGGAGAUCAACAAGGUAGCAAACAUAUUAGCCGACUUCAUCCAGGAGAGGGCAGAGAAGGUCCUCAGUGACGGAGAUAUCACUGUAGAUAUUGGUGUGACCACUGCUCCCACCAUUACUGCAAAUUAUAUAGAAUCAUACCACAAGGGGUUCACAAACUACAACAAUUCUUCUGCUGUCAUUAUCAAUUCCGCUUUCAAGCCCAGUCAGCUGACUGAAAACAGGAUGCUCUACUUUUGGAUCUCAGACCAGGUCAUGAACCCCUUGUUAACUGCUGGCCACCAAGAUGAUCGCUUCCGGCUUAACAUCACUGGAGCAGAGUUGAUUGAACUUUUCAAGACAAACGUCUCUACAACCAUGCCUGUUUUUUUUAGAAAGUGUCUUGUAGAAACAAGUCACCCAGAAUUACGAGUGUGGAGUUCAUCUGCACCCUUCGUAAACACCUCCACCUUAUUUGGAACAUCUGUCUGGGCUGUGGUCUCUGGUCAACUCUGGUGUGAAAGUCAAGAAAUUCUCUCCUUUAAGACAUUCAUCACCACUGAUGUCACAAUUUCUUAUGUCAACAAACACGUCGUACUGCACAGCAAAUCUUCACAGGUUGAUGUACAACAUGCUCGUUUAUACCAAUAUCCUCUGGUCAAUGAAGAACAACUGGAUUUACUACAAGAAGCUGUGAUGAAGAUAGGCAUCCCCAAAGUGUUAUCCGUGCUUGAAACGGAAAUAACCAGGCUGUUGGACAAACAGGGAGUAUACUUGUUUGACAUCUACAACCCGGAAGUGCUUCCUCGGGAUGGAUUUGUGAUUGUACAGAUGGACUUUGGUUUUCCUCAUCAUCUCCUCGUUGACUUCCUCAGCAGGCAGUCUUCAACAAUAAAGGCUCCAUUAUGAUGACAAAAGUUUUGGCACCUUUUCACUCAGCCCAUUUCAGAGACUAUCUAGAAUUAAUUGUACAUGCAUCUCUCAAUUUUCUGUAGUGAUUAUCCUCCUGGACUAUAUGCUUGGUGACUGGAUUUGUCUCAUUUAAAUGAAUAAUCUGUAAAAAUAGUAAAUUGAUUAAAUAUGCAUGGAAGGAAGCCCACAAAACAUGU